UUUGCCUUCACAUCUCUCAUUUGCCUUUUGACCGUGUUCAAAUUUCAUGGCGAAAUACUACUACUACGUUGCAGCGAUUACGGUAUGGAGUAUGGAAAUUCCGCGUACGCGUUCAAAGUGCCGGUUACGCCUAUGCAAUCAAGCCACGCACAUCUGUAACUCCAUCCCCAUCUCCUUCUUCUCCCCCAAAACUUCCGACUGUUCAAGGUUCAGACCCAAGCACCGCACGCACCACCAAGCCGAUGUCGGAGGCGUCCUCUUCCUCGGCGGCGGCCCCGGCCCCGGCCCCGGCCCCUGCUCCGGCGCUGGAUCCGGAGGCGAUCUCCCUCAUGGCGGAGGAGGCGCCGCCGGAGGAGAUUACGCUGGUCGUGAAGUGGAGCGGGAAGGAGUACACGGUGCGGGCGAUGGGGGACGACACGCUGUUGGAGCUGAAGCGGCGCAUCUGCGAGUACACCGAGGUGCUCCCCAAACGCCAGAAGCUUCUCUACCCCAAGCUCAUACUCAACGACGAGUCCGUCCUCCUCUCCUCCCUUCCCUUCAAGCCCAACGGCAAGCUGACCAUGAUCGGUACCGUUGAAGACGAAAUAUUUGUGGACCGACCAGAUGAUCCAGAGGUACUCGAUGAUUAUGAAUUUUUCAAAGAUGAAGUUACUGCCAUCAAGGACAAUGUUCUCUACAAGCAAAAAGUGAAACGACGUGCAAGCCAGUAUAAGAUCAAGCUGUUGAAUCCAUGCCGCGACGGAAAAAGAUUGCUUGUGUUAGACAUUGACUAUACUCUGUUUGACCAUAGGUCUCCAGCUGAGAAUCCUUUGGAACUCAUGCGUCCAUUUCUCCACGAAUUUCUCGCUGCUGCAUAUGCAGAGUAUGAUAUCAUGAUAUGGUCAGCAACAAAUAUGAAAUGGGUGCAGUUGAAGAUGGAGCAACUUGGAGUUCUUAGCAACCCCAACUACAAGAUCACCGCCCUUCUGGAUCACAUGGCGAUGAUAACCGUGCAUGCUCCUGACAAGAAGGUUUUCGACUGCAAGCCUCUUGGUGUCAUUUGGACUAAGUUCCCUGAGCACUACAACGAAAAGAACACGAUCAUGUUCGAUGACCUCAGAAGGAAUUUCGUCAUGAAUCCGCAGAACGGCCUGGUGAUCAGACCGUUCAAGAAUGCCAGUAAGAACAGAGGCCGUGAUCAAGAGCUGCGGAAGCUUACGCAGUACCUGCUCUCCAUCGCAGAGCUAGAAGAUUUUAGCAAGCUGGAGCACGAUGGUUGGGAGUCCUUCAUGGACGAAACUGGCAAGAGACGCAGGCGCAGGUAGUUCUCUUCAGUAUAGUGAUCUUGGCAGGCAGAAUCUUAGACUCCCUACUUUUUGUUAAGUGCUAUCGACUGCACGCACUAGCGCACUGGAAUGACCAGGAAAACCCUAAUCUCUACUCAAAACAAACUGCAAAAACACCCCGUGCUUAAUCUGCGUUCGACUUUUUGGCAA